CCUCACUGGCUGGAAAGCACAGGGUGUCCUGCCUGCCCUUCCCAUCCUGCUGACCACCAGCAACCUGGCCCUGGCCUAAGGAGGACCUCAAGAGUCUCAUAGAAUCAUGGAUUGAGCCCAGCUGGUCCCCACUGUGCACAUGGGGGAACUGAGGCCUGGGGAGGGGCAGCAGCUGGCCCCCAGCCACACAGGAAGACUCCGCCCUUCUCGCAACCUCCAGCUGCUGUUGCUGCUCUGGACCCUUCUGAGCAGCAGGCUGGAGAGCAGCGCUCAGGGUCCGGGCGAGUGGACGCCCUGGGGCUCCUGGACACGCUGUUCCAGCUCCUGUGGGCGGGGCGUCUCCGUGCGCAGCCGUCAAUGCAUCCGGUUUCCUGGAGAAGAGUUAUGUUGGGGCAACACCCAUGAAUACCGCCUCUGCCAGCUGCCGGACUGCCCACCAAGGGCCGUACCCUUCCGAGACUUACAGUGUGCCCUCUACAAUGGCCGUCCAGUCUUAGGCUCUCAGAAGACCUACCAAUGGGUACCUUUCCAUGGAGCGCCCAACCAGUGCGACCUCAACUGCCUGGCCGAGGGUCACACCUUCUACCACAGCUUUGGCCGCGUCCUGGAUGGCACCCCCUGCAGUCCCGGCGUGGAGGGGCUCUGCGUGGCUGGCCGCUGCCUCAGCGCCGGCUGUGACGGGCUGCUGGGCUCCGACGCCCGCGAGGACCGCUGUGGACACUGCGGCGGCACCAACGACUCUUGCCUCUUUGUGCAGCGCGUGUUCCGCGACCCUGGUGCUUUCACCGGGUACUGGAACGUGACUCUGAUCCCCGAGGGCGCCAGGCACCUCCAGGUCAUCCACCGGAGCCGCAACCACCUGGCGCUGGUGGCGGGCGACGGGCGCUACGUGCUCAACGGGAACUGGGCGGUCAACAGCCCAGGGACCUAUGAGGCGGCGGGCACCCGCGUGGUCUACACCAGAGACGCCGCGGGGAUGCAGGAGACGCUGCGAGCCACUGGGCCCACUUCCCACGACCUGCUCCUGCAGGUCCUCCUGCAGGUGCCCAACCCUGGCAUCGAGUUUGAGUUCUGGCUCCCUCGUGAGAGAUACGCCCCCUUCCAGGAGAAGGCGCAGGCCCUGGGGUGGUCCCUCCAGCAGCCACAGGCUCUGGAAGUGGAGUCUCAGUCCCCUGAGCCUCCCGCAGAUCCUGCCACCCCCCCACUGACCGUGACCCCCACCCCAGGUGAGGUGAGAUGGAGUUGCCUGGGUGGGAGAAAGCAGAGACGUGUGGCCUGUGCGUCUCACAGCCUCGUCCCCACAGACCCCUGCAAGCCCUGCCCGGACACUCGUGGCCGUGCCCACCGACUGCUCCACUACUGUGGCAGCGACUUUGUUUUCAGGGCCCGUGUGCUUGGCCGCCGCCGGCAGGCCCAGGAGACCAGCUAUGAGGUGCGCCUUCUGCUCAUCUACAAGAACCGCUCGCCGCUCCGCACCCUUGAGUAUGUGUGGGCGCCAGGCCGCUGCCCCUGCCCACCACUGGCCCCCCAUCGCGAGUACCUGGUGGCUGCCCUGCGCCUAGUCAGCCCUGAUGGCACACAGGACCGCCUGCUGCUGCCCCACUCUGGCUAUGCCCGGCCCUGGAGCCCCGCAGAGGACAGCCGCGUGCGCCUUGCCGCCCGGCACUGCCCUGUGUGAGUCUGUCUGGCCCAUGCCUCAGAAGUCCAGCAGCAAGCAGCGUGCUCAGUCUGGGACUGCAAAGUGCCCGCUCCCACCGGGCAGGCCUCCGGGGAGCUCAGAUACACCCACGCGGCUCUGCACACCCCUCAUGACAGCCCAGCCCACAGCCAGUCUACACACCACACAGUUGCUCUAACUCUAACCCCAUUCUCCUUUCACCCUGGCUGCCAGGAAGCCCCAGCUGUUAGAUGCCCAGCUGUUAGAUGCCCAGCUUCCCUCCAGCCCAGGCUAGAUCGGCCCUGCUUUCCUUCGGGACACUCACUGCCCCCUCGCUCAGAGGCACGCCCUGACAGCAGGGCCCUUAGAAGGCAUGCCUGGCCAAGGCACUGUAAGUGACUCAUCUGCCCAUGGGCCCAGGCAAUCAGGAAGCUGUCCACUGCCCUCCCAGAUUCUGGCUGCCUUGAUUCUGUUUCUACUGGUAGUUUGUAAUGAGGCCCCAGCACCCCCCACACACACAGACUUCACACGCUCCACCCAGCUCUGGGCCCAGUCCCCACCUCCUCCCUGUGUGCUGGUCCACCCCGGCAUGGGCCAGGUAGGGAGUAACUGAGGAUGGGGGCAGUAGAGAAAACAGGGGGGCACAUUCAUCUCAGGACCAGCUGGGGCUGCUGAGAGGCCCUGUUGUCUGCCCAGACCCAGGCCCACCACCCUGGUGUCUGCAGGGGCCAUAAGCCACUCAGCACCCCUUCCUGUGGGGUCACUGCCGUCUGCCUCUCGCCAGAUUGAGUGACUCUCGCCGUCUGUAGGGACAAUGUAAUUUUCCACUCUG